GGCCUCGCGUUGCUCUGGAAACCAUCGUCCUCCUCCGCCAGAUCCCAGGGAAGACGUGAUGAUUCAAGAUGGCGAAAGACCUGGACGAACUCCUGGAUGAAGUCGAAUCCAAAUUUUGCAGACCUGACCCCCUGAGACUGGGCAUGGGCGAGGUGCCCAAAGGCUGCGGCGGGCUCACCCACAGCAGCGACCGGAACCGAGCCGAAGCGAAAGAGAAUCUCAGAUCAACAGAAACAUGUAAAAAAGAAGAUGAUCUUGACAGUCUUAUUAAGGAAAUAUUUGAAGAGCCCAACUUUGACAAAAAACCGUUUAAAGUCAAACCUACAUCUUCAGGGAAAACAUCCAUCAGAGCGUCCAUCCAAGGUCUAGGGAAAAGUUGCAGUCCGGUAUACCUUGGUGGAAGCAGCGUUCCUUUCGGAAUUGGAACAAACACUUCACAGAGAGCAUGUGACCAUCUCCGUUGUGUAAGCUGUGAUUUCAGGAUAGUGAGCUACAAUGACUGUAUGUGGGACAAGUCCUGUGAUUAUCUGUUUUUCAGGAACAACAUGCCAGAAUUUCACAAGUUAAAAGCAAAGUUGGUGAAAAAGAAAGGAACCCGAGCCUAUGCCUGCCAGUGUAGCUGGAGAACUAUUGAAGAAUUGACUGACCUUCAGACGGAUCAUCUGCUGCGUUGGGUUUGUGGCAAACAUUAAGAAAUCAAGCUCUUCCUGUUCAGACCAAUGCCUCCGUGGGAGCAGUCUCCAGUAAUCAUAACAUUUUAGGUAAAGUCCCAAUAUUAGGCCCUUUGGAAAAAGACAGUGAAUUUCAUUUAAUAUAAUCACACACUUUUUGAAGAAUGAAUAGACUUGGAAAGAUAAUGUGCUAUAACAUUUUGGAAGUAUUCCUCUCUGAUAUGUGGAUGUUUCCAUUAGAAAGUAUGCCAGAAGUAGCCAGAAAUAUACUUACGGAAUUUCACAUAACAAUAUAACUUUACAUUCAUAAAUACGAUAUUGACUGGUAAUGCACUUAGUGUAAAUAUUACUGUUUUAGAGCAAAUACAGGGCAUAAGACUGGCCCAGGAAGAGACCUUUAUAAAGGUGUCUACAUCAUCUCCUCCAGUGAGAUCUGAUGUUGCCAGGGAUCAUAACGUAGACAUGGUAGAAACCAGCUAACUGAAUGCUUAAAUGCACUGGCUCAUAUCUGACCAUACCUCACCAGCUCAAAGCAAUCUUAUGCACAGUAAUGAUAAAUGUAUGUUAACAGUUUGGGCCCGUCUUCUUCCAUUUGUUUAUUUAUGUACCAGAAGUUAUUAAGAUUGAUAUUUUACCAAAUAUCUAUAAAAAAAGCUUUUGUUAUACAUCUGAAACCACAAAAACACUCAUACAAAUUGUUAAGUUUUGUAUUU